CGUAACACUCUACAGUUGGGGUGGUUUGACAUAGGAAACAUCAUUUGAACUGAUUCCUAUUAAGGGCAGCUCUAAAAUGAAUACACCAGAGGCGACCAUGGACGAAAGCAAGGAGAUUACUGUGACGUCACUGCCAUGGUUCAGGCGACAUGACGUCAUACUAUGGAUAUGUGGAGUGUUGUUUAUGGUGGCGCUGGGGGGCGCCAUCUUCGGCAUCGGAAGCUGUAGAGGAUGGGACGCUCAAUCGGGCUUCUCACACAACGUCAGUGCGACGUCAUCGAUCCGGUUUUUACCAGAACCUGAUAUCGACGAGCCAGGGGUGAAAGGAAGGCAUGGUGCAGACGCGUCAUCGCGAUGGUAUUACUGGAAGCUGCCACCAGAUCAGGUCACGUGGUACAGCCGCUUAUUCGUCUGGGUCUGUUACAUUUCCCAUCAACUCUUCGUCUGGAUCGUCAUCUAUAAUUUACAGCAGGAAAAGGCCAAACGAGGAAUGGACUACACACCUUCGCUCAACAAAUACAACUAUUAUUUCUUCGGCAUCAAUGUGUUUUUCCAUCUUCUUCAUUUGUUGCAAACACACACCACUUAUGACUCCACAGCUCAGGAUGUAAGCAUCGCCAGCUCGCAGUGCUCGGUGAUUAUAAUGUUGACGUUUAUUAUGCUGAUGGAGUACAGAAACAGAGGCAUGGUAUUCGGUUGGCCGACGCUUGCACACAAGGACAAGGUUAGCAACUUUUUGCGCCUCAACUACGGACCCAUCAACAUACUGAAGCGAUACCAUGGUUACCUAUGCGCCUGGGCCUGUGUCUACACGUUUUGGUACCAUCCAAUGGAAAACACGUGGGGUCACGUGCUGGGGUUUGCACACACCUGGAUUUUACUCUUACAAGGAAGUCUUAUGAUGACACAAGUCCACCUUAACCGCUAUUGGCGGUUGCUAUUGGAGACGUGGUUCUGCCUUCACGCAGGCGUAGUGGCAGCUCAAAACUCAGGUCCGGAACAACUAGGGACCAAGUUAUGGCCAAUGUUUGUUUUCGGGACGUUGUUGUUGUACACCGUGACGCAUAUUUUCAGCCUGCCGUUUUGGACAAAGAUUCACUUCGCCUUUCGCUUUGCACCGGUGACCGUGCUUCUGGCGGUCUGUAUCUACAUGUACAGCUGGAUUCCAGAUGCAAAUGGUCGACCGUGGGUGCGCAUGCGCGAGAUUAUCAACAUUCCCGCCAUCUACUACGUCGACGUUCUCCUUGCUUGGUGGCUGCUUUACGUGUUUUUGAAGAUCGAAGGUUGGAUUAUGGGACGCCAGGAACAAAAAUCCCCACCGAUGGGAGUGAAAUUUGUUUACCUGUUAUUAGCUUUUUGCAUGUACGGAAUAUUCACUGCUAUUUCCUUAGGCUUGCAGUUGUAUGACGUCACUAUGAUGCUGUUGCUUACUAGCCUCAUACUGACCGCAGUGCUCACAGUGCUCGCGAGUGUCAAGUUCAUGUUUUUAAGACGGGCUUUCGGGGAGCCGCCAGGAGUUGCCUCCCCUCCAAAUUCUUAUGUACCGGAUGUUGAACUUAAAACAGUUAAACCUGUCGUGUGAUUUUGAAUUGAUAUUUGGGGAAUUGUGUUUUGACGGAAAUUUAUCUGUGACUUGAAACAUAAAUAUGCCUCAUUCCUUCCAGUGAGGUCUUACAAAUAUUCUAUUUGAGAAAAAAUAAAUUGAAAGAUACAUGAAAAGGCUUUAUAAACUAAGAGUGUGGUUUUAAGGAAGAUUUGCCAAAAAAAUCAUUUUCAGCUAUAUUUUAUACCUCUUGAUAACUCCCCUGUGUUAUGCAUAUUUUCCGUCGGUGGUUUUGAUAUUUCGAAAAUGACGUCAUCGUUGAACGUACGCGGGACCAGCUGGCCGCCGCAAUCCCCCCGCCCCCUAGAAGUGCACAGAUGUUUUGACAGCUGUCAUCCAUGACGUCACCACGGCAGACUACUUAAUUUCCUGGCCUGGGUAAAAAAUGUACAUUAAAGCCAUUUUUACGUCCCAAGUUGAGCAGCUUUUUUGAACUUCUGUAUUUUCUGCAUUAAGAAAUAAAAGCAAGAGUUACAUGUGUCCUUUAAGCUGCUUGAUAAUGAUGUUUUAAUAUUUUUUUGUUUUUAAAUGUAAUGAUCGCUCAAAGCACUUACAUAUUACUGUUGCUCACAUGCAACUCUUUGUUAGACUUCAAUAGAGGAAAAUGAAGUUCGAACUCUUUUAUUGCUAAAAAAAGGUAGAAAAAAAGUCCUACUGUAUCAUGUGACCCGCCAUCUUUUUUAUUACAUUUGUCUCUAACAUUAACGACUGAGAAAAAGUUCACAAAAAGGCUACAUGUUGGAAGAAUAAAGUAGUUUUUUUUAAAAGUACCUCAAUGCUAAUUUCCCGUAAUUUCGAGACGGACAUUCCAUGAUUUCCUCAUUUCCUGUCUGCCUUUCAAGUCAUGUCAUACGGCCCACAUCACACAUUCGACAAAUUUACUCGCCAUUUUCGUCAAAUCGCAGAAAAAUCUCUAUGCCACAAAGGUAGAUGUUAUUUUUUUGGUUUCCACCCGUAAGUCGCUUGUUUCAAAUGGACAUAACGUACACGACUUUGACGCUAACAGGCGUUGUAACGUUUAACGAAUCAUUAAAUAACCAUUACUAUUAUCAUUAUUAUAUCAAAAUGUAUAACCAUUACUGUUAUCAUUAUUAUAUCAAAAUGUAUAAGCAUUACUAUUAUCAUUAUUAUAUCAAAAUGUAUCAUUAUUUUCACAAGACUCAGAUUUGGCUUGACUUUCAUCUCGAACAGAUUCUAUGACAAUUUUUUAAAGAAAAUACAUUGAGUUAAUAUAUUCAUUUGUGGGUGUAGAGUACACAAUAGUAAUUGACAGACUUAUGGGAGUUUCAAUGAAAAUACAAAUCUAAUGGGGUUUUUUUAUUAUUAUUCUUGUUAAUUUCGUCCCACCAUAAUUCUGACUUCAGUACUAAAUGUGGAAUAUUCUUGAG